AUGGCCCAACAUCGAGAGCAUCUCAGCGAUGGGAACCGGGAGUCAGAGGCCGCGCUCGAGCCAGUGGAAGGUGGACAAGGCAGAUCCCAGAGGGCGACGCUCCUAACCACUUUGGAUGGGCGGCUUGCAUACCCAGGCUACAUACCGCCUGCUGUCGAGUCCCCCGAGAGUCGUCAGACUACGGUCGAGGAAGACGACACGCCGGAAACCGUGGGCAGGGAUGACGAGCUAUCGAGCCAGCCAUCAGACUCCGGGCUGAUACACUCAACAACAAUGCCAACUCCAACAAAUCCGCCGGAGCUUCGCAAUCGACCAGCGUUGACGAGGAUCUGGCAGAGUGAGGCCCCACGACCCGGAGCCCGUCGAUCCUCGCUUUUUCGACCCUUGGCUCAGCGGGAUGGCUCGUCAUACCUGAACAAGGCCAUUUGGGAGAGCCACGACUUGCGCCGGGCGUCCAUUUCCAGCUCCAGCUCUAGCGAUCUGGAAGAGGAUGGGGACAAUGAUGAGCCGCGAGACCAGGCCGGCCAAGCGCUUCGUCCAGACGAGCUGGAGAUAUUUACCCUCGCGGCCACCCACGAAGAUAGGUACCGGCGGUUCAGCGUGGGGAACCACAACUAUCAGACCAGCGGAAAGGUGAAGAAUGAUGGACGACUGCGCAUCACGGUCAACGAAAAGGCCAACACAGGUUACCUCGCCAAGGCCCUCGGUGCGGCAAUGAAUAAGGUCACUUCUACCAGAGAGGAGGAUGUGCAUGUCCCAAAAAUCAAACAGACCAACAGCACUGGCACUUCGUCCGCGUCAACAGCUACCGCGAGCACCACUCCUCGCCCGCGCUUGAACAUCGUCAUCAUGGUCAUCGGCUCUCGAGGCGAUGCGCAGCCGUUCCUCAGGAUCGGAAAGGUUCUCAAGGAGGAGUACGGGCACCGCGUGCGCAUCGCAACGCACCCUGCGUUCCGGGAGUUCGUGGAGCGUGACUCGGGCCUCGAGUUCUUCUCCGUCGGCGGCGACCCGUCAGAGCUCAUGGCAUUCAUGGUGAAGAACCCGGGGCUGAUCCCGACCAUCGACUCGGUCAAAGCUGGAGACAUUGGGAAGCGGCGGGCCGCCAUGGCCGAGAUGUUCGACGGGUUCUGGCGGGCCUGCAUCGACGCCACAGAUGACCAGAAGGAUACCCACAACAUGAACAUGAUGGGGUCCAAGAGCCCAUUUGUAGCGGAUGCCAUCAUUGCCAACCCGCCCAGCUUUGCUCAUAUCCACUGCGCGGAAGCGUUGGGAAUCCCCCUGCACUUGAUGUUUACCUUUCCCUAUACGCCCACGCAGGCCUUCCCGCACCCUUUGGCUAGCAUCAAGAAGUCCAACGUUGAUCCUGGGUACACAAACUUCAUCUCAUACCCCCUCGUGGAGAUGAUGGUUUGGCAGGGCCUUGGAGACCUGGUCAACGAGUUCCGCGUCAAGACGUUGAGCCUGGACCCUAUGUCGACCAUCUGGGCUCCAGGCGCGACAUACCGCCUCCAUGUUCCAUUUACGUAUCUGUGGUCUCCUGAGUUGGUACCCAAGCCUGCGGAUUGGGGAAACGAGAUUGGCGUAUCUGGUUUCGUGUUUCUUGACCUCGCUUCAUCGUUCAAGCCACCAAAGGACCUUGAAGAAUUUAUCGCUGGCGGUGACAUGCCCAUCUAUAUUGGGUUUGGGUCGAUUGUCGUCGAUGAUCCCGUCAGCUUCACCCAUAUGAUUUUCAAGGCGGUAGAGUUGGCGGGCGUGCGAGCAUUGGUUUCAAAGGGUUGGGGCAAACUGGGAGGCGAAAACAUCCCGGACAACAUCUUCAUGCUCGACAACAUCCCUCAUGAUUGGCUUUUCCCCCGGGUUAAAGCCUGCGUUAUCCAUGGCGGUGCCGGUACUACCGCUAUUGCCCUGAAGUGUGGCUUGCCCACCAUGAUUAUCCCGUUCUUUGGAGACCAGCACUUCUGGGGCAACAUGGUGGGUGGUGCAGGCGUUGGACCGGAUCCGAUACCUUACAAGAACCUGGACGCCGAGAAACUGGCAGAAGGCAUCACGUAUUGCCUUAGCGAAAAGGCCCAGGAUGCAGCGAAGAAGAUGGCCCAAUCGAUCGAGAAUGAUGGCGAUGGAGCAAUCAAUGCCGUAGAGCAAUUCCACCGUCAGCUGCUCGCUAGGAAACCAACUACGUUACGAUGCUCUAUUCUCAAGGACCAGGUCGCUGUCUGGAAGGUGAAGGGCUCUCAUGUGAGGCUCAGUGCUCUGGUCGCAGAUAUCCUUGUUGGAAACGGGCUGCUGAGUUGGAAAAGUUUAAGGCUCAUAAGACAUAUGGAAUGGAACGACUUCCAGGGCCCUGGAGAGCCCGUCACAGGCGCAGCGUCAUCGAUUGCGCGUGUUCCCUACCGCCUGGCGAAGAGGGCUGCAGGGCACAGGGAUAAGAAGAAAAAGAGCCUGCAUAAGAAUGGCUCCAGGAAUGGCUGGAUGGAGUCUGGGGCUUGCGAUGUCGCCCGUGGCGUUGAAAGGACCGCUACAGCCAUCGCAAAAGCCCCCGCUGACCUCUCACUGGCGCUGGCCCAAGGUUUCCACAACGCCCCUCGCCUUUACGGCGAUGAUACGGUGCGCAGGACUCCUCGGGUGACAGGCUUCCGCUCAGGCCUUCGUGCCGCACGAUUCGAAUUGGUGUAUGGCAUCUACGAUGGGUUUUCAGGUGUCGUGCGCCUGCCCGUCCGUGGAGCGAAGAACAACGGUGUGGUUGGAUUCGUGAAAGGAGUGGGCAUGGGGCUGACCGGACUCGUUCUCAAGAACCUGGCUGCCAUCGUCGGCCCGGUGGGAUACACACUCAAGGGUCUGGUCAAGCAAGCAGGGCGACACAGGAGACCCGACAAAUUCACCCGCCGGGCUCGUAUUGUGCAAGGGCAACGGGAAGCCAGAGAACUGCCCGAAUUGCGAUCUAAGGAGCUCACUCAGCAGGCCAUUGGGGGCUGGCUCAUCAUGAAGGAUCUCUGUGAUAUGAUUGCAGAUGUAGAACAAGAGCGAGGCCUCGCGGGCCAGAUUGACCGGGCGUUGCUGGAACUUGAUGUCAUGUUUGAAGAUGUUGACACUGCAAGUAAGGCGCUGCAGGCGUUGAAGAGUGGUGAGAACUUGGACAGUAUUCUGCAUCCUGAACGUCAAGAGCGAUUUUGCGACAGGGCGAAGAAUAGUAUUUCGCUUCGGAGAUCGGUAAACAUGCCGAGGAAAAAAAGUGAACCUUUGGAGCGAGUUGUCUGUGGUGUCUUCACCGUCGACGAUCCCGAUCAUAAUCGCGAUGCCGAUCUCGAUGUCGGUUAUGCUCCCUGUCCCUGUGGCGAUCACGGUCAUGCUCGCGGUCGCGGUCGCGAUGCCCGUGUCUAUCUCGUUCCUUCUCGCGUUCACGCUCUCGCUUAUAGCUAUCUUCGUUCUGGCGACUCUCCUUUCGCUUGCUCUCCUCCCGGCGGUAGUCGUUUAGGCGUGGUCGGCGGUUCUUCUUGCCGCCUUGGUUCCAACCGCCGAGGUCUUCGUCCUCCUUGA